AUGACCAAACCAGCGAUGGAACCGCCUCCGGGGAAGGAGACCAACUUUGACAAUCCAAACCGAGAGUUGUACUACAUCUGCAUUGCUUCUAAUGCAAUCGCAAUGUCUGUCUGUUCGAUAUUCGUCUUUUUACGUCUGUGGGCCCGUUACAGGCUGGCGAUGAGGCUUCGGCUAGAUGACAUUGCUUGUGUCAUUGGAUAUAUUGGCUUCAUGGGAUACUGCACUAUGUGUCUGCUGAUGUUGAGAUACGGUGGUGGCCUUCACCAAUGGGAUGUCCCAGAUCAUCUCAUAACGCAGUAUAACCAGACGGUCUAUGCGACCAUGGUCAACUACGGCCCAACAGUCUUUGCCAUCAAAGCUGCCAUUCUUCUCUUCCUCGCCAGCAUCUUCGCUCCUUAUAAGACCUACGUCAAAUGGAUAUACGGCUUCCUCGGAGUUAUGGGCGUCUACUACGUCGCCAUGUUAUUCCUCAAGAUGUUCAUCUGUCGUCCAAUCUCAAUGUUCUGGGGCGCUACAACCGAUGGCGAAUGCUUCAAUCAGCGAGUUCUCAUUCUUGUCGAUAACAUCAUCAGUCUUCUCAGCGACAUCGUUGUCCUUCUUCUACCCUGUCCCCUCACCAAGAAACUCCAAGUCGGACUUAUCGCAAAGCUCAAGAUCGUCGCUAUCUUUGGAGUUGGAGGAAUCGCCUGCAUCUUUAGCCUUGUUCGGCUAGUAUUCAUUAUCCAUAAUGGGGAAAGUCCAGAUCAGACCUACGUCUUUCUGCAAAUCAACCUGACUGGAAUCGCUGAGUGCGGCAUUGGAGUCGUCUGCGCGUGCUUCCCGUUCAUGCCAAUGUUAUGGAAAUCCAUUCUUCACAAAGACAAGCCAGGCUAUUCGUCCAAUUACUCAAGGUCACAGUUUGAAAUGAUGAGUUCGUCCAAACAGCGAUCGCGAAACACUGGGCAUACACCAGAGAGCAUUCACUAUAACGAGGAUAUGGGAAGUGACGAGAAUAUUCUCAUACCGAAUGGCAAGUCGUACGUUACCACCAAGGUUCGUGCGGGAGAUGAUACUGCUGAGGGUAGUACCAAUAGCAUCGGCGACGGGAAUGGGGGACACGGAACAAGCCUGGAUAAUUCGCAUAUUCUUCGAACAGUUGAGGUGCGUCAGUAUGAAGAGCAUUAA